AUGGGCUCAACGGCCGCUUCCGCCACCUAUCAUGCGUACGGCGACUUGAUCCGAACGCCAUCAUUGCAUCCCCUGAUAAGAAGUUGUUCAAUUAAACAGAACAAUUUGUGCAAUAAACGAAGUCGACCAAUUUCUGAUAAAGAUUUCGAGGAUGACAAGUCAGGAGAGCAGCCGCAAAACGGACAUGUGCGAUUUACGAGGUGCAGAUGCGGUUGUGAGCUCGUCGAAAUUGUAUAUCGACGCUUCGCCGUGCUCGUCGUACCAUCGGGACAUCAACAACGUGUCGACAUCCCGAGCGUCGACCCGUUGCCGACAUCAUUUUGCCGCCAAUCAUCAUUACACGCUGUCGGCGUCGUCAAGACUGUCGCAAGAAUCGUUCCGCUCGUCGGCGUAUUCCAACGGCAAUUAUUCAAAUCCACUAAGGACCUACCAUUCAUCAAAUAG